AUGCGUACCGGAACCAUCUUCGCUGCGGCGCUCGCGUUCGCCUCGUCCGUCAUCGCCACCCCAGCACCAAAGGGCAAGGGCGUCGGCAAGCCCAAGCCCCCGCCUUGCAGAGCCGGCAUCGACCGCCCUGGCUGCGUCGGCAAGCCGAAGCCCAAGAAGGAGUGCAAGACCUGCAUGUCCGAGGAGGAUGCCCAGAUCGUCGCCAGCUACUUCCAGGACCUGAUCCGUGGCUACACCAUUGAGCAGGCUCUUGCCGGUCUCACCGAGGACUUCGUCGACUACUCGUCGGCCGUGUCGAUUGUCAUCAACAAGGGUGCCGCUGUCCCCAACGACAUCACCCAGCCCAUCUUCACCAGCCGCGAGCAGUUCAUGGCUGGCCACGGCAAGCAGAAGCCCAUCCCAUUCGAGAUCCUCGACGUCUGGCACAACUGCAACGGCACCGUCAGCAUGCGCUGGGUGUCCACCCGCUCCGCCUACCUCCAGCCCACCGAGGCCGCCGCCAUCCCCGUCCCGGCUCUCGUCGUCCUCGAGACCGAGCCAGCUGAGGAGGGCAACGAGUACAACUACCGCAUCCACACCAUCUACUCCGAGUUCAACGCCGCAGCCUGGCUCGUCAACCUCGGCGUCUUCAAGCCCGAAGGUGCCGUCACCCCUGUCCCAGCCGACGUCCCAGAGGGCACUGAGGGCGAGGCUGAGGCCGCGCCGGCGAAGCGUGAGAUCGCUGCUCGCACCCCCGAGUUCCAGGACUGGACCGACAUUGGUGUCAUCUAA